CGAACAGUGAAGUAGGACACUCUGAGGAAGAAGGGGCAAUAGAAGAAGACUAUGCAGGAGUAGGAGCAGAGAUAGAGUAAUCAUCAAUUGAAAUAAUGGAAAGAGAAGCCUUAGACCCAGAAGUAGAUUUGGCAAAAGUAAGGGAGAUGAUGUUGCAAGGCAGUGGUAGUGAAAGCAGAUUUGGUGGAGAUAGGGUAUGUCACGUCCCAAAACCCAAAUUCGAGGCGCGACAGACGCCGUACACUCGUGAGACGAGUCCCACAAAUGUACAAGGCUCGAAACUUAAUCAAUUCACAUCUGAUACCACAAAAUCUGAAGAUAAAAUCUUAAAAUUUGCUCUAAUAUCAUAAAAUCUCCAAAUACACUCUAGUUUACAAGAUCAUGAUUUAUUUCUAGAAUCUAUAUCAAUCUCGAAAUGGCUAGCCUUCUAACUCGUCACUUCCCAUGGUUUCCCCGUCCUCG